AUGCCCAUUCAUCACCAAACUUUGGCUUUCAUUUUCGGCCUUCUAGGAAACAUCAUCGCCUUUAUGGUGUUCCUCGCUCCACUACCAACUUUUUACCAAAUAUACAAGAAGAAGUCCUCGGAGGGGUUUCAAUCAUUACCUUAUAUUGUUGCAUUGUUCAGUUCAAUGCUGUGGAUUUAUUACGCACUCGUAAAAAGGGAGGGCACCCUCCUUCUCAUUACUAUUAACUCCUUUGGAUGUGUCAUAGAGACACUCUACCUUGCCAUCUUCUUAAUUUAUGCAGCCAGAAAAACCAGGCUUUCGACCAUGAUGAUUGUUUUCUUGUUGGAUGUUUUUGGGUUCGGAGGCAUGCUUCUUUUAACUCUCUUCCUAACAAAAGGAUCCAAACGCCUUAAAGUGAUUGGAUGGAUUUCUCUCGUUUUCAAUAUAAGCGUAUUCGCUGCUCCUCUCGGGAUUAUGAAACGUGUGAUAAAGACGAAAAGCGUGGAAUUCAUGCCUUUAAGUUUGUCCUUCUUUUUGACCUUAAAUGCUAUCAUGUGGUUCUUCUAUGGCCUUCUCCUCAACGACUACUACAUCGCUCUCCCAAACACUCUAGGUUUUCUAUUCGGCAUAAUUCAGAUGGUGCUGUAUUUGAUUUAA